AUGUAUCUCAUUACAACAAUCUCGCUGUUCGUGCUUUCCAUGCUUGGAUUCACUUCGGCUACGCCCAUCGUUCGCAAAUCUCUCAAUCCCAAAUUUCUUCAAGCUCGAUCUCCUCUCGCCACUGCCGCUUUCGCAUCCGACUGGCCCACCAACGUCAUCAUGCUUGGAGGCUCUCAAAGCUAUGGUCUGUAUAUUCCGGUUGAUGGCACAUGGUACGACUUCGAGAACAUCCAAUGUUUGGGUCUACCAGCAUAUGCCAUUGGUGACUGUAACGACAUCACGGUAGACAACAUUGGAGUGGUGGCUGGAAAUGGACCUUGUUCCUUCGUCGGUAAUGCCGGUUGGGCUGGAACAUUACAAGGGAAUGCCGGAGAAGGCUAUUACACCGUUGGACCUCCACAAACCAUCAUCCGUGGCAAGUGUGGCAACCUCACAUGA